AAGUAGGUAAGCUGUGAUUUUUUUUCUGAUUAUCAUGAUAUCAACAAGGGUUUGAACAUCUAAAACCUGCAUUGGACACUAUGGACGAUAUUUCGACUAUUGAACAUGUUCCAAAACCAAAGGCCAUUCUUGGUAUACGACAUUUGCAAUAUUUACUCAUGUUUUCCGGUGCAGUAGUAGUAUAUGGUAUGCGGACUGUUCUGAAUGUUGCAAUAGUAGCAAUGUUAAACAAAGAAGAAGAUGCCACUGAGAGAAAUUACCCCGUGUACCCAGAAUGGCAAGACCACAAGAACGUCAUGCUAUCUUGUUUCUCCUGGGGGCACAUAUGGUUCCAGAUACUGGCAGGUCAAAUUGCGAAAAACUACGGUCCCAAAUACUAUCUGACCGCCGCCAUCAUCAUAUCUUCCGCUUGCAUCUUGGUGAUACCUUGGUUCGCAGCAACAGUGGGCUACAAAGGCAUAAUUGCAGUGAGGGUGAUAGAAGGGGCAUUCCACGGGGUUCUUUUUCCCUCUGUUCACUUUCUUUUGAGCAAGUGGGCCCCAGUUUGGGAAAGAGCCAAAUGGGGGAGCUUCGUGUAUGCAGGACAAGUCUUGGGAAACUGUUUGGCGAUGCCUAUAACUGGCAUGCUCUGUGACACGAACAGUGGAUGGCCUUUGGCAUUUUACUUUUACGGAUGUCUUGGUAUGGCUUGGAGUCUACUAUGGCUACUGCUUGGCUCCAAUACACCUGGCUCAGACAAGAGAAUUUCCUCAGAAGAACGGAAAUGGAUCGAGUCCGGAACUGUUAUCGCUAAAAUUGAGAUAUUCCAAGUGGAAAUCAAUGUAAUUUUCACGUCGGUUCCAUUCAUCGCUAUUAUCAUCACUCAUUGUGGGCAAAACUGGGGAUUUUGGACUCUACUUACCGAAAUACCAAGCUUCAUGAAGGAGAUUUUGCAUUACAAAAACACAGCGAAUGGUGUUAUAUCUGCACUCCCAUAUUUCAUCAUGUGGCUAAUGAAUCUGUGGUGGAGUCCAAUUGCAGAUUAUAUCAUCAAAAGGAAAUAUGUAACCUUGGCUGCCAGUAGAAAAAUCUUCAAUUCUAUAGGUGACAAUUAUAACUUAAGGGUCUAUUCUUGGACAACUGCCUAA